AAGACUUGUUUUGUUCCUCUUCCUUCUCCGUUUCCUUUAUCUUUCUUCUUCCAUCUCAAUUUUUUUUAAGGAAAGGAGGAAAUAAAAAAUCAUUUUUUUCCGGCGAAGAUGGGGAAUUGUCAGGCGGUGGAUGCGGCGGCGCUGGUUCUGCAGCAUCCCGACGGAAAAAUCGACAGAUACUACGGCGCCGUUUCAGUGAGCCAAGUCAUGAAGAUGUACCCUGGACACUACGUUUCCCUGAUUAUUCCGUUGCCGGAGACGAAUAUACCGGCGACGGCGUCAUCGGACGACGAGAAGAGCCAGAGGGUCGUGAGGUUCACGCGCGUGAAGCUUCUCCGACCGACCGAGACUCUUGUCCUCGGCCAUGCUUAUAGGCUCAUUACCUCACAAGAGGUUAUGAAGGUUUUGCGGGCGAAGAAACACGCGAAGACGAAGAGGCACCAGAGAGAGACAACGUUGAAGAAGCAACCUGAUCAGAAGAGGGUUCCUGAAGAAUCUGAAGAUUCCGACAAGGAUCUCCUGGAAACGAAACAAGAGAGACAACCACCGGUGCUGACAAGUUCUGCAUCAUCCAAGUCAAGAACAUGGAGGCCAUCGUUGCAGAGCAUCUCUGAGGCUGCAAGUUGAUUUUGAUUUGCUUAAGGGACAAGAAAAGAAAAAAAAAAAAAGAAAGUCUCUAUAUGUAAAUCAGCAGAUGGAUCUGAGGAGAGAAAGAGAGAGAGAGAGAGAGAGAGAGAGAGAGAGACUGUAAUGAGUAAUCUCUCUCCGUGCCUUCAUGUUCUUGCAGAGAGAAUGGAUAGACGAAAUCAAGAUCAAGAUGGCAAGGGAGAUUCUUUGUCUGAUGUGUACAGAUCCAAGUGAUGUUUUUGUUUGAUAUAAAAUUUGAUUUUCAAGAAUAUAUUUUUGAACC